UUUUUCACGGACUUCUCUUAAUGCCUUCAACAUAUCCCGUAAAUUUCAGCUGUGUCGAAUGGACCCGGGCCGAGCGCGAUUUUUGAGGGGGGGGGAGGCCUUAAUAGACUAUUGUUUCUAUUAAAGACUUUAAUUUUUAUUUGGUUACAUAAAAUGAUCUUUCUUACAACUAUUACUGACAGAAACUCAUCGUUUUUAGUGUAGGGAAAAAAAUGUGAAAUAAUUUUUUGGACAGUGUCAUUGCACUUGAGAUAUCUUGCUCGAUAGUUAUGGUUUCUAAUAUUGUCUCUCUCUGUCUUUCUUAGAGAUUCAUUAUUGUUUUUAAUUCAAGAAUAUUUCGUCUAUUCUACAAGUUUAUAUGUUCAAUAAAUUCAUUUUACUAUCAAAAUUGUAACCAUAUCUACUUAUAACUUUCACCGAUUUUCUAUUUUUGAUUAUUAUAUCCUACACAGUCAACUAGAUAUAAAUUAAUCAAUUGUCUAUUGUUGUAUGUUUAGGUGAUGUUCUCAAUUCAAUUUAUUUUAUUCGUGGUGGUCAAAUGGAAAUAUUACAAAAUAAUGAAUUACAAGCUAUACUAGGUCGUAAUGAUAUUCUUGGUGAAAAUCCAUGUAAUACAAUUACACCAGGAAAAGCAAGAUGUGUUGCUAGAGGUUUAACGUAUUGUACAUUAAAUAAAAUUCAUCGAGAUGAUUUACUUCAAGUUUUAAAACUUUAUCCUGAUUUUGCUAAAUCAUUUAUAGAACGAUUUCGUGUAACAUUUGAUCUUCGACAAUGUGAAUUAAAUGAAUCAAAACCAUUUUAUAAAUUAGAUAAUGAUAUUCAAAUACUUAUUAAAGAACGUAAUCCAAAAUUACAACCUCAAGGACAAUUAAUUCUAUUUAAUCCACGAGAUGAUGAAGCAAAUCGCUUUUCUACUUCACGAUCUUAUCGUGGUAUACAUAUGAGUACUGAUUCUAGUAUACGACGACAAAUGACAACUAUUGUUGAAUUAUCACCUGAACAAGCACAAACAUUACCAAGAGAUCUUGACUUUGGACGAGAAGAAACAAUGACUUCUUUGAUACCUUUAGCUCACGGAACAUUAGCAAGUGCCUUUUCAACGCUUGUUGCAAUAUCAACAAAUCCUAAACCAACUACAGUUGAUUCUCAAGCUAAAGAAUCAGAAAAUUUAUUAUCAAGAAAAGAAACAAAUUCACCACCAACAAAAAUGACUCCAUUAGAAAAAUAUGAAAAUGGUCCUGUACGAAGUAUGGCAGAUGUUGAUGCUGAAUUAGCACUUCUACAAAUACGUUUAGAUAGUUUAGAACAUGUUAUAGAUGAUAGAAUGAAAAUGUUACUUCGUGUUGCCAAUGAUAUUGCAUGCGCAAACAUACAUCGAUCAAGCAAUGACUCCAAUCAAUCAAAUGAUAUGACCGACGAUAAGAAGUGUUUUGUAAUUGACAAAUUACUUUUUUCCAAAGAUAAAUAA